UAAUCUGUAAUGGCUACUUCUGAGAAUGCAGAGACGUGUUCACCAGAAAACAAAGCAGGCCAUCAUGGGAGUGCUGACCCAGACACACAGUGCCCAAAGAAAGUCCAGUAUUGUGGCGUGUGCUCCUUGCCCACAGAGUACUGUGAGUACAUGCCUGAGCCAUCCAAAUGCAGGCAGUGGCUGGAGAAGAACUUCCCAGAUGUGUUUGCCAAGAUGAGUGUAGGAAAUGCUUCCAAGCAGGACACUGGCGGUGUAGAGGUGCCCCUUGUUGGAGAGGAGGAUGAAAAGAAGAAGCAGAAGAGAGGUGGCAGUGGACAGAUCAAACAGAAAAAGAAGACUGUCCCUCAGAAAAUACCGAUAGCUAAAAUCCCCCGCUCCAAGAAGAAAUAUGUCACCCGAGUCUGUGGAAUGAACACCUUUGAACCUGACCUUAAAGAGGCUCAGAGAUUCUUUGCCCAGAAGUUCUCCUGCGGCGCCUCGUUGACGGCGGAGGGUGAAUUCAUCAUUCAGGGAGAUUUUACAGAUGACAUCGUCGAUGUCAUUCAGGAAAAGUGGCCUGAGGUAAGACGGCUGUGUUUACUCUCCAACGCCACAUAG